AUGGAUGCUACUAAACAGAUGCAGAUGUUUGUGAAUGGUCUAAAAAUAAAGACCAAACAGCUGAUUGAUAUUGCAGCCGGUGGUUCCACAAAUUUUUCGACAGCCACCGGUAUUAAGAAGAUCAUUGAAGCUAUUGCUACUAAUGAGCACAUGGAGUUGUACAAUAGGUAUCAAAGAAAACCAGAAGGAGUUAUAGAUUUAAAGCUGGAAACUACUAAGAUCCGUAUUGAAGAUACUAUAGCCGCUGAAGUUGAGAAGAAGCUGAAGGAGAUGAAUAUAGGUACCCAACAGGCGGCACAGGUCCAACCGGCUCCUAUUGUCUGUUGUGAAAUUUGUAGUGGUCCGCACCAAACUUGCUAUUGCUUUGCAACUCCUCAACAAGUGGAGGAAAUCAUAUUUUUGAAGCAAAAUAAUCCUUAUUCCAACACAUACAAUCCAGGGUGGAAAAAGCAUCCCAACUUCUCAUGGAAAGACCAAAAAGGAACCGCUCCUCAACAUGGUCACUACCAAACUCAAUAUCAACAACAACAUCAACAACAUGCCCCUAAGAAGGCUGUUUGGGAGAUUAGUUCUCAAGCACAAGGUGCUCUACCUAGUGAAAUUGUGCCCAAUCCUAGAGAGCAUCAUAAUGUGAGAAUUGUGACAACAAGAAGUGGUAAAUCGGAUAAAGUUGUCGAGGAAGUGGAUGAAGAGGAAGACCAAUUGAUCGAAGUGGACUUGGAGAUCAAAGAAAAUGAAGUUGUUAGGGAAGAAGUGGUAGCACCGAAACCUGUUGUAAAAGAAACAGUCAUUGAGCCUAAGCUGGUUGUUAAGCUUCCCUUUCCCACUAGAAACGGGGAAAAAGGACAACGUGAGAAAAACAUUGAAAAAUUAUUAGAGUUGUUCAAGAAGCUAGAGAUUAACAUUCCUUUGUUGGAGGCACUUGAACAAAUGCCUACUUAUGCCAAGUUCAUGAAGGAUAUCAUUUCGAAGAGGCGUACCACCGACAUUAAACCAAUUAUUCUAACCGAAACUUGUAGCGCUAUUUUGUAG